GCCCAGCUCACCCUCGACGUACACCGGCCCCAAUAUGCCGUCGCAAGAGGCUAAGAUGCUCGGCGACUUCCUCCUCGCGCCCGCAGCACUACGCGACUUCGUGACAUUGCGUCAGUUCACCGAAAUCUUCCCCAAGAGCCAUCGCACGAACCCAGCGGUCCAGGACUUAUAUCGAGAACUGCAAAGACUACGCGACAAAGAUAUCGACAUGGUGCGCCGCAGCAUCGCUGAAGAGGUUCAGCGUUCGAAGCAAUUGAAGCGCGACUAUGCACACGAGAGGCGCCAAUUGGAUGGUGCAACGGUUGCUGGGUUAGACCCCGUUGCGCUUCAGAUGGAAGAAGAGAUCUCCGGUGAAGGCCAUAAGAGACACCAUACGCUACAGACCGUCCACACCAGCAUCCAAGAGGCCUGCCAAGGCAUCGAGGCACAAAUAGUAGAAAUAGAAGAAGAGAAUAGGUCAUCUCUGGUGCAAGUACAAGAGCUUGUUGGCGCGCUUAGCGACCUGCGACAUGGCCGGUUCGCGCAGGCAGCCAGCGGUGAAGAUAUGGGAGAGGAAACGCUGGCUACCUUGAAGAGACUGGAAGCUGUCUGCGCGCAUCCACCUAGAUGAUGAUUGUCCCAAACCCCAAGUACAUCAACCAUUUCAUGGACGUCUGCCGCCAAUAACGCUGAAUCGCGACUACAACUCGCACUACCGAAC